AUGCAGCUUCUUCUCGCAGCUCCAUUUGCCGCAACGCUCUUCUGUAUCUUGCUUUCGUCCACCUCAGCGGCGGACUGUGGAGCCGGAAACAAUGGGCUCAAGGGCAACACGAUCACCGUCGACCAGCACGGCGGCGGACACUUCACCUCGGUUCAAGCGGCUAUCGACUCCGUUCCCUCAGGCAACAACGAGUGGAUUAGCAUCCGAAUAAAUCCCGGGACAUAUAAGUAUCGUCUUCCGUGCUCAGAGAUGGUGACCAUCCCGCCGGACAAGCCGUGCAUCUUUCUUCAAGGAAAGGGCCGUGAUUCGACAAUAAUUACGUACAAUUCUCAUGAACAAACAGAUACGAGUGCUACUUUCACUUCCAGCCCGGACAACAUAGUCGUCCAAGGCAUUACUUUUAAGAAUUCGUACAACCGGUACUGGAAAGAGUCCAACGAGCCGCCUCUAGUUCAAGCGUUGGCGGCGAGGGUAUACGGAGAUAAGUGCGUGUUCUUCGAAUGCGGAUUCCUGGGGUUGCAAGAUACGUUGUGGGACGUGCAGGGCCGGCAUUACUACGGCUCAUGCUACAUGGAGGGCGCGAUCGACUUCAUCUUCGGCAGUGGCCAAUCCAUUUUCGAGGACUGUACCAUGAACGUCACGGCUACUUUGCCGCCCUACCGUCUUCAAUACAGUUGCAUCACAGCUCAGGGUCGAGCAUCGCCUGGCGACCCAAGCGGGUUCGUGUUCGAACGGGGUGCCGUCAUCGGGAGCGGUCCAUAUCUCCUAGGGAGGGCAUAUGGUCCUUAUUCCAGGGUCGUAUUUCAUAAGACAUUGCUGUCGGCCGGUGUGGCGCCGCAAGGUUGGGAUCCUUGGUAUUUUCAGGGACGCAAGGACAACAUCAUGUAUGCCGAGGUGGAUUGUGAAGGAACAGGUUCGGACACUUCACAGAGGGUACAGUGGGAGAAGCAUCUCGACAAGACACAGCUUCAAUAUUUCUCCAGAUCAUACUUCCUUGAUCAAGAAGGAUGGCUUGCCAACACUCCAUUAGGGAAAACAUUCGAGUCCUAA